CUUGGUAAGGGCUUCAUGUUUUCAUGGAUCAGCUUAUAUGUAGAAGGUGGCGUAUUUGGCCUUGCUUUGUACAGCUGACAUACAGUAAUAGUCACAGAAAAAGAGCUGUGGUACUAAACUGUCAUCCCCAUGGGGCAGUAUUUUAGUGUUCGGGUUGAAUUCUUGUGGUCUCUUGGCUGUAAAAAAGGCUUUGUAAAGGAAAUGUUUUGUUCAGCAAAGUUAAAGCAGAAGCACAAUAGCUUGUGGUACCAUGGUACCAUAGCACAAGACAUAUGUAGUGAAGCACUUAGAAGAGGGAGGGGCUUCAGUCCCUGCUGAGGAUGUGCGAAUAAGACGUGGUUUAAUUCCCCAACAAACUCAUUUCCUGAGUCGGAGACGAUUAUGAGUCAGUGUGUGCUCACUUGGGCAACUCACCUGGUGGCACAGACAAGUGAUGGUGCACAAGCCCCUCAGCAGCUCCCUACCAAUCCUGUGCUGUCCCACCUGCACAGCUACUCUGAGCUGGAAAUGUGGCAACUGCUCAUCAACACUGCCUGUCCUUAUCUGCAGAAAAUAAGGAAUAACCCCCAUAGAUCCUGUCCUAUAAAUCGAACUGUACUGAUCACAGCUCUCAUGAGCCACGUCACAAACCCCGGAUGAGUGGCAGGGAAAGGCAUAGAUGAGUCACCAGCAGGGAGCCAGCCCCUUGCUGCCUGCCCCAGGGGAAGCUGUACACACAAACAUCUGCCUGCUCUGUCCUUGUCUUGAACCACAGAAAUGAUCCCUGAAAGUACAGUCUAACACUUUUCCAGAUGGGCAGGUGACAUCACUGCACGGUGUGACACUGAAUGUGCAUGUCAGGAAUAUGUUUCAGUGGGAGCGCUGAGCAGGGCUGCUGUUGCCUCAGGAAUAAACAGGAACAUGGAUCUGAGAGAUCCAAGUCACCUACAGAUUGCCAGCCAGGGUGGGCAUCUGUUAACAAGGAUGUGUGACCACAGCCAAGGCAACAAACCUUACUGGUUAAUAGUCACUUUUCCAGUUUCACUAAGUAUGAACAUCAGGGGGGAAAAAUACAUAUGAGGAGGUGUGGGGCAUAUUCUGUAUCCUGGCAGCAUGGGGAAACUGAGUGUGUACAACAUCCCAAGUGUCUGGGUAAUCCACCCAAACUAGCCUUCAGUUGUAACUGAAAAACAACAUAAAAACAAUGGGAAGUUUCUCUGGGACCUUGGCUUGGGUUUUUCCCCCGGUUCUGCCUUACAGAAACAUUUGAUGUCUCUGCUACUGUGUGGUGAGAGACGGUCCCCAUCUCUGGCUGGAGAUUUUUUGAGUGUAAGGUAGAAGGGCUCACAGCUCUGUAUCUUAUUUGUAAAGUUCCUAGGCUUCCUCAAAUAAGAUGUGUAACUAAAAACGCCAAACAGAACACUGAAAAAAAAAAACAACCAAAACCCAAACAAAACAGGCAAAAGAAAAAAAAAACAAAUCAGUUUCUCAGCUGUUUUGCUGAGGGAAUUUUCAUUCAGCAUCUUGUAGGAAGUGUUUCAUGUCUUGCAGAAUGAAAGUUACUGAAUGUAGCUCAUCAAGGCAAAACGCUGCAAUAUAAUUUAGAAGCUCAUUAGAGAUCAUAAUCACAGUGACAGAUGUUGGUGGGAAGUAGGAGCCAUCACAAAGAAAAAUAGGGAGCUGUUUGUCACGAGGGUGUUAGUUACAUCGUUUGGGGACAUCUUCUGAGAUAUCUAAGGGGUUUGAUUAUCACUUGGAGGUUUCCAUCUAGGUUUCUUAGUGCAUAAAUCCAUUGGAAAAUAAGAGUAAAGCUCUCAAAUACUGAAAGGACUUUUCAAGACUUUGCUUCUAAGAGCCAUAUAUUGAAAUUGUGCAUAGUAACCCAUGUUAGAAUGGUGCAUGCCUUUCUCUUAGGUGAGCUAUCCAUGCCACAACAGCUUCGUGGGAUGCAGUGGGAUGGCACCUGUGCUGCGAGGUGGUAGAAUUGUGCCUGGGUAGGGAGCCAUUAGAGCAGCUGGAUUGUACAUGUAGCUGGAGCAUGGGCUUGGCAGCACAUGCCCCAGAUAGCGUGGCUCUAAGCAGCUGCCAAAAGGUGUUACUUGGCCUGUUACCAGGGUAAGUGUGAGGUCAUCACAGACUUGGAGAUGUGUGCCCUUCCUUUGUGCUACCCACUUCCUCUUGGUUGCAUCAUCAAGAUUGAGACAGAUUUUGCAGGAAAUCCAACUGAUCAUGCACACAAGGAGGGACUCAGAAGUGAAUGCCAGGAUAAGAGGCGUGUGUGGCUCCUUGAGGAUGGAGCAGAGGUCUGUCCACCAGGAAAUCCUGGGUGGCAGGGCCGGAGUGGGGUGUGAGCCCCCAUCGCCGCUGCUCCCAGGUGCUCUCUGUGCCGUCCAAUUUGGGAGCGCAGAGAUGGAAAAAGGCCCAGUGGCCAGUCUUGGGAGGUGGAGCUGCAGGGCCUCAGUGGUGGGAGCAGGUUAACAAAAUCACCAUUAGACUGUGCUGGCAUGUGGGCUCGCUGGGGUAUGAAGUCACCUGAUGGAAGCACUGCCCAAUAGUAGAAAUUCCCUAGCAGAAAAACGAGAUUUUGUUUCUGCAGUGCUGUUCUUCUGAGGUGUUCCAUCUGCUGUACAAACACUGACUGAGCCCAGCAAUGCUUCUGUGAGAGCAGCAUCUCUAGUGACAGCUUCCAGCUGUCUAGCAGACAAGAGCACCCAGGUGCCAUGGAAAACCAGAGAGGGAAUAAUAACCAUCCCAUUUUGCCAAGGGAGGGAUGCUCAUGCAAGAUGGGAAGGGACCACCUAGCUGGACUGUUGGACAGCGGAAUGUCCCUAUGUAGGGACUGAAGAGGUGAGCAGAGAGUGUGAUGUAAGAUCAUACGAGCAAAUAUAAGAGGAUAACUCCAAAUAGUUCGAUUAAUUUCACCUUUGGAACGUGGGCUAAACAAUAUUUCCUAAAUAAGUUGCUUCUGACGAUGAUCUUUCAACUUCUCUGUUAGGAAAAGCUAGCAGGGCCUCCUGCAGAGGAGAGCCCAGCAGGACCACCCUGGGGCCCAGUGUGGCCGUGCCCAGGCCUGGUGCCAGCUCUCGUGGCCCUGGCAGGGCAGGAGGGGUUGCUGUGUGCCACAGGGCACAGAAUGCAGCCAGAGCCCAGAGCUGGUACUGUGGCACAGAUGAUCUCCAUAAACUGUGAUGACAUUAAUCUAAUGUAUGCGUUCCCCUACGAAUGUGAAUAGCAACAAAUACAAAUCCUAUGCAAAUCAGGCCCUCGUGCAGUAUGUGCAAAUGGCUGAACAUCUGAGGACUCAAAUAUUAUAUCAGAAGUUGUUCGCAGACAUGCCUGUUCCAAAAUUUGCUGUUACAGGGCCCUUCUGUGUUCCCAUGGGAACCCUCAGGUAAGGAGAUAUGUGCGGCUGCUCCCCUUCAGCUAAAAGAAGUUUGUGAAGCAGAAGCUGGAUUCUUCCUUUUUUUUCUGCUGUGUUCUUCCUUCUUUCCCAAGCCUGCAGCUCCUUGCAGAUGCCUGGCUGCCUGGAAGGACAUCCCCCAGCCUCUAUGGUCUCCUUCUUGGGGGGAAAGGUGGAUGUUAAGGGUUCCUCAGAAAGGGAAGUAGUACCCUCUGCCAACUGGCAAAGAACAAGCGCUGGCACAGGCUGCAGGAGAGCAAUUAUUCUCUCCUUCCACAAGAGCACAUAUUGGAAAUCCCUCUCUCAGUCCUUCCCUGGCUCUCCCAGCUGUUCUUGCUGCAGCCCAGGUGCCAAAAGGGGUUCAGGUGGGUAAGUGCCCCAAAGGGGGAUAGAAGCUCCUGGGGAUGGUGUCUCUCAGGUGAGAAAUCUUUGCCUCUCCCCACAGAAAGAAGAGGGAAGCAGAGGGCAGCUGAGAGCUUUGCCCAAGGAGGACAGAGUGAAUUUACUGCCCCUGUGCCCCCAUCCAGCACCACUGGGAAUUCAGUUUGAAACAGGAAAAGAAAAAGGAACAAGGACCUUCACAGGGCCUGUGAGCAGAGGAAAAUAGAGCCUCUCUUCCCAGAGAUUGAUGUUCGCAGCAGUGCCAAACAGGUGUUCCUUCCCUCCACCUCUGGCUACCACAUCACUCUCAGAAGAGCAUGCAUGGAAAGAAGCCAUUCCUGAAGCAGGAUUGCCUUUGAGCUGGCAGCAGAUGAGUGACUGGCAUUGGGCAGCACUGCUGAGGCUCUGGCAGGCCGUUUAGCAGAGAACCUUGGCUAAUGAAUGUCAUCCACACCUAACAGAUGUGCCACUGCCUGCCAUGCCAGAUUUUUGACAUAAUACAGGGCUGCUGGACAUGAUGGUGCUUGGGAAAAGCCACGGAGUGACUUGUGCCUACAACGCAGCGUUCAGUCCCACUCGUGCUCUGCGAGAGAAACCAAACCUGCGGGAGGGAGGGAAGCACAUCCAUGUCUCUCACUCCUCACCCCUGGUUUUAUCGAUACAGAUAUACAAGGCAAACCAAAGGUUUCGGCUGCUAUUCAGUGCCUCCUCAUUUGUCCUGGAGCCGUAACAGUGGUGCCCUUUCUCUUCUGGCUGCUUUUCCCUGCUUCUGGAGCAGCAGUUAUGGGAGAAGCAGAUGGCUACUGAUUGGACUCUGCGCUUGCUCGGAAGGAAGUACAGGGGAAGUUCAAGCAUCAGCAGGGCUGAAGAAACAGCCAAGGUGCCCGUGGUGUCUGAAUCGCGAGAAAGCAGGGAUGGAGGACGCCGGCGUCCAGCGGGGAAUAUGGGACGGGGACGCAAAGACGGUCCAGCAGUGCUUGACUGACAUUUUCACCAGCGUUUACACCACCUGCGACAUCCCGGAAAAUGCCAUUUUCGGCCCCUGCGUCCUGAGCCACACGUCCCUCUACGACAGCAUCGCCUUUAUCGCCCUCAAGUCCACCGAUAAGCGCACCGUCCCCUACAUAUUCCGGGUGGACACGUCGGCGGCGAACGGCUCGUCCGAGGGGCUGAUGUGGCUGCGGCUGGUGCAGUCGGCCCGGGAACGGGAGGAGCAGAACCUGGAGGCCUACAUCAAGAGCGGGCAGCUCUUCUACCGCUCUCUGCGCCGCAUCGCUAAGGACGAGGAGCUGCUGGUGUGGUACGGGAAGGAGCUCACCGAGCUGCUGCUGCUCGGACCGGCCCGGGCCCCUGCCCGCACUAACGGCUCGCCGCCCUUCGCCUGCCCCGAAUGCAGCCAGCGCUUCCAGUUCGAGCUGCCCUUCGCCGCACACCUCCGGUUCCGCUGCCCCAAGAGGCUGCACGGCCCCGACACCGGCCCCGCCGCCGAGGCUGCCGGCGGCAAGGACGUCGCCGGCAAGGAGCAGGAGCCCGGCAAAUUCGGGAAGCCCGGCGGGCCGCCGCACCACCCCUUUCCCGGUCCCGACGGCGGCCCCACCGCCAGCACCAAGCCCUCCACGGACUUCCACAACCUGGCGCGGGAGCUGGAGAAUUCCCGCGGCGGGCGCGGCGGGUCCCCGGGGCGGCCGACGCCUGGCGAGGGCGGCCCCGAGGCGGCGGCCGGGAAGGCGAAGAGGCGGUUCCCCGAUGAGGAGGAUCGCGGGCCCGGCGCGGCGCGGGGCCGCUUCCCGGCGGAGCGGCCGGGGCUGCCGGCGGCGCCCAAGGAGGAGCCGGGCUGCGCCCCGCAGCAGCAGUACCGCGCCGCCGGCUCAUACUGCGGGCUGGAGGAGGGCGGCCGCCUCUUCGCGCCGCCCAGCCCGGAGACAGGGGAGGCCAAGCGCAGCGCCUUCGUGGAGGUGAAGAAGGCGGCCCGCGGCCCCGAGCCCGACGGCGGCCCCGAGGAAGGCCCGGAGCGCGGCUCCCCGGGGGCGGGCGGCGCGGAGCCGGGGCUGUGCCCCCGCGGCGGCGCGGGGGGCCCGCUGGCCGCCCGCCUGGACGGCGGCAGCCCGGCGCGGGGCAGCGCCUUCAGCACGGUGCCGCAGCUCGGGGCCGGCCCCGGCGGGCCCGGCGGCGGCGCGGCCGAGGAGCGGAAAAGCGCCUUCUCGCAGCCCGCCCGCUCCUUCCCGCACGUCCCGCCGCUGGUGCUGGGCCCGAAGCUGGGCGGGCUGGGCGAGCCCUGCCCCGACGGCGCCGCCGCCCCCGCCCGCCUGUACACCGCCGAGGCGCUGGCCGCCAAGCUGCCGGGCGGCGGGGAGGCGGCGGGCGGCGGCGGGGGCGGCGGCGGGGGGCUGCCCAAGCAGAGCCCCUUCCUCUACACCACGGCCUUCUGGCCCAAGAGCUCGGCGGCGGCAGCGGUGGCGGCGGCGGCGGCGGGGCCGCUGCAGCUGCAGCUGCCGUCGGCGCUGACGCUGCUGCCGCCGUCGUUCACCUCGCUGUGCCUGCCGGCCCAGAACUGGUGCGCCAAGUGUAACGCGUCCUUCCGCAUGACCUCGGACCUGGUCUACCACAUGCGCUCACACCACAAGAAGGAAUACGCGCUGGAGCCCCUCGUCAAGCGCCGCCGCGAGGAGAAGCUCAAGUGCCCCAUCUGCAAUGAGUCCUUCCGCGAGCGCCACCACCUCUCCCGCCACAUGACCUCCCACAACUAGCGGGGACCCCCCCGGCUCUGGGGACUCGCCCGGGACCCCCGCCCGGGGACCCCCGCGCUGCCCGCAGCUCCCGCCCUUCCCCUUCGAUGCACGCGUUUCCACUGUCUGGGGAGGGGCGGGGAGGGCAGAGGUAGAGGAGGAGGAAAAAAAAGAAGAAACAGAAGAAGAAGAAGAAGAAGAAGAAGAAGAAGAAAAAAGAAGGUAAAAAAAAAAAGAAAAAGAAAAAAGAGAAGCACCGUGAAAAAGAGGAAAAAAAUCAAAUGACUUAAAAAAUACAUUUUUUAAAAUGUCAUAUAUUGCAACAUAUUGAUGCAUUUGUCAUACGUUUCUACUUAAAUUAUUAAGCACUUAUGGUUUAGAUGUAAUAAUAAUUCUAUGUCAGGGUAAAUUUUUAUUUUGGAUAUGAAGCUAAGGGCGGGGGGGGCGCGGCGGGGCCGGCGGGUGGCGGGCCGGGGUCCUGCAUGCACCGGGCGCUCCCCCUGCCCGGCCCCGCCGCCCGCGCCCCUUCCCCCCGAGUGUCACUGGUGCCCGUGGAAUGGAGUCUCGGUAGUUCCGUGUUAUCUUCCCUUUCCCGUUUGGGUUUUGUUUUUUUUUUCCUCGACCUUCUGGAAAAGAUUUAUUAAACUUUAUAGUUUAUCCGGGUAUGUUGGAUGCUUUGACAAUAAAUGACUUUAUUUUCUUCAAA